AAACCAAUGCACUGCUUGGAGUGUGAUGCGUCAGCAGUACAAUCACGUUUUCAUUGAAGGACAAAAAGAAGAGCAGGCAUGUAAGCCAGCAUCCCGGGUGCCUGCUACUGCACCACUGAGCUUAACAAAAAACAUAGAUGCACAGUGGCGGAAAGGAGGACUAACCCGGGGCCAGAAAGGUUAAAAAAUAAAAAGGAAAGAAAGGAGGCAGCGAAGAAAGAUGCUGCCAUGGGGAGCCACUUUUCCCUAGCCUCAGUGCUCAUCCACCAACUCGAGCCCGACAGCUGUGCCGCUGACAAAGCUGAGAGCUCCAACUCUGCACUGAGCUCAGUGCACUGCAGCGGUAUACGGAUACUUCUGAUCGAAACAACGUCACAGAGAGGGGGGAGAAACACUCUCUCUUUUUCCUCUCAUUCCAGGGAGUGAGAGAGCACGCUCGAAAGGAAGAGAGAGCGAAGGAGAACGAGGCAGAGAAAGAGCGUUCUCUCUCCUGUGAAAGUCUUCUUACGGAGCUGCCUCUGUACUGGUACCCACCUUUACACCUUCCCUGGACUCUAAUCGUCAACUUCUCAUAGAUAAAUUUAAGGAUUAUUGGGAAGCAUGUAGAAAGAGCCCUGCAGCCUUCGCUGUGUGCAAGCUCGAGUGUACGGAGAUGGAACGCGGAGCUACAUAAGGAAAGAAAUGCGCUAAUGACCGCAGUGUCACAGUCUUUUCAGCUGGACAAGGUGCUGACAAAUUGAGUGGACAAAACGUACUGAGAGGGAGGGAGAUGAACAAAGUAAACAUGUGUGAGUGGUCCUCUAUGGAGACACGGGCAUUUAGUAGCAGCAUCAAGCGGAGGUAUCCAAGGACAAACAUCUGUGGAUAGUGUGAGAACAAGCGCUUCAAUAGGAGCCAAACUGGAUUGGUACUUUUCCUAAAGCUCUGAAGCCCUGCAGAGCUGCUACACAUCUACUCGGAUGCUCCUCUGUGGAUUUAUUAGGGGCCAUUUUGGCAUUCAUCUCUUGUUUUCUGACAAAUGAAAAAAAGAGAAGGCACUGCUUAUUCUGGGAAUAUGGGAAUUUGAGGGGGGAAAAAUCUAUAUUGUGAUUGCAAAAAAUUGGACGUGUAACACCUUUGAGGUAGGUGUUAAGCCUUUCCAACCCUUUUUUAUACAUAAAAUAUAUUCCCCCGCUUUAUUUCAUUCAUUAUUCCUUGGCUUUUCACUUCACCCUUUUUACUCAAGUACUUGUCACUAACCGUUUAGCCUCCAGUUCAGUAAAUGGAAAAACAAUCUAGAGUGUUGUUUAACCCAGGGUAGGGCUUUAUUAGUCAGAGUUGAACCCUCCCCUUCCCCCCGCUUACUACCCCCCUUUCCCCAACCACCAUCAUCACCCCAUACCCCACCCCCCCAGACGAUGCUGAAUUAUGAAUGUGCCACAUCAUGAGUCUCCUGGGGCGGGUAGCUGUGCAUCGAGCCAGGAAAGCCGCCCUGCUCUGUGUCCUGUUCUUCAUGGUUCAACCGUGCGUGGAGGUGGCGGCCACGGCAGGGCCCCAGGGCUGCCCGACUGAUUGCUCCUGCAACAACCAACUCAGCAAGGUGGUGUGCACCAGGCGUGGGCUCACUCGUGUGCCACCAGGUAUACCCAGCAACACCCGGCACCUAAACCUGAUGGAGAACGCCAUAGAGUCUGUGCAGGCCGACUCUUUCCGCAACCUCCAUCACUUGGAGAUAUUGCAGCUGGGCCGCAAUGCCAUUAGACAGAUUGAAGCAGGUGCAUUCGGUGGACUGACCAAUCUCAAUACACUGGAACUAUUUGAUAACAGGUUGACAGUGGUGCCAAGUGGGGCAUUUGAGUAUCUGUCCAAGCUGCGAGAGUUGUGGCUGAGAAAUAACCCCAUUGAAAGCAUCCCAUCGUACGCAUUUAACCGAGUGCCAUCCCUAAUGAGAUUGGAUCUGGGUGAACUGAGGAAACUGGAGUACAUCUCAGAUGGGGCUUUUGAAGGUCUAGUCAACCUCAAGUACCUAAACCUGGGAAUGUGCAACAUUCGAGGGGAGAUGCCCAACCUAACACCUCUGGUUGGGCUGGAGGAGCUGGAAAUCUCAGAGAACCUCUUUCCUGAGAUUAAACCAGGUUCAUUCAGGGGACUAUCUUCACUCAAAAAAUUAUGGAUCAUGAACUCUCAAAUAGGGCUAAUUGAGCGUAAUGCAUUUGAUGACCUGGCCUCUUUGGUGGAACUGAAUUUGGCCCACAACAAUCUAAGCUCACUGCCCCAUGACCUCUUUACACCACUGAAAUACCUGGUGGAACUUCACCUCCACCACAACCCCUGGAACUGUGGCUGUGACUCACUCUGGCUAGCACGCUGGCUACGCGAGUACAUACCCACCAAUUCAACAUGCUGUGGGCGUUGUCACUCCCCUGCACACAUGAGAGGCCGCCAGUUGGUUGAGCUGGACCGGGGUGACACCGGGGCAAUGCAGUGCUCUGCCCCUUUUAUCGCAGAUGCCCCAAGAGACCUGAAUAUUUCUGCUGAACGUGUGGCAGAACUGCGAUGUCAAACAGCAUCCAUGUCUGCUGUGCGAUGGCUCUUACCAAACGGGACGGUUCUAACUCAUGCAUCAAGCCACCCACGGAUAACCGUGCUGAACGAUGGGACUUUGAACUUUUCAAACGUGCUAGCAGGUGACACAGGCAUGUAUACCUGCAUGGUGUCCAACACGGCCGGAAAUUCCAACGCUUCAGCCUAUCUAAACGUAAGUGCAGCUGAGCUCAAUACGUCCAACCUCAGCUACUUCACCACAGUCACAGUGGAGGUGCUGAGCCCCAGAUCUGAAAUGCCCAAGCCCAAAACGACCACAACUACAGCAGGUGCCAGCACCACUACCACGGCCUCGCCAUCCAUCUUUCAACCAGUUUUCAUCUCUACGCCGACAGUCCUGCUACAGAACACCGACACUCCAAGUCGCCCAUCUGUUGUACCUGGCUCAAAAGUGACGACAGGAAAGCCGCCCAACCCAGCCAGUACCAGUCUGGAUGAGGUGAUGAAGACAACAAAGAUCAUUAUUGGUUGUUUCGUGGCAGUAACCUUGCUAGCAGCAAUUAUGCUAAUUGUAUUUUAUAAAUUACGAAAGCGGCAUCAGCAGAGGAGCACAGUGGCUGCAGACAGUACUGUGGAGAUUAUUCCAGUAAAGGAAGAAUUGCCACCACUGGCAUCUGCUGCCAAUUUAGCAGGGCAGGGGGCACUGACUCUACCAGAGAUAAGGGACCAUAGCAGUAUUUAUAAACUGGAUUACAACACCCUCAAAUCUGACUACAGCUACAAACCAAAACUAGAAUACAGUAUCCAUAAACCCAAGGAAGAUUUCAGCAUCCAUAAACUUAAGUCAGACUACAACACCUACAAAUUUAAAACAGACUAUAUGUACCAACCUACUCUGGAAUACGACCCUCACAAAUUGACAGACUAUUCACACAGGUCAUUGUCGGAUUACCACAUACGCAAAAAACCUGAGCAGAGCCCUUACAAACAUGGAUAUAGUACUCACAAACCUGACUACAAAUCUCAUACUCCUAAACCAGAUUUCAGCCCAUUCGAACCAAAGUACGGUGUUCCAAAAUCCAAAACGGACUACAAUAUGCCCAAGCCCAAAUCCGAUUAUAGCCCCUCCAAUUCAGACUGCAGCCUUUUCAAACCUGACUACAGUGCUUUCAAGGCAGAGUACAAACAACUCAAAGCAGAAUGUGUCAGUUGUGACUUCAGCCCUCACAAGUCCAAAAUGGAUUACAGUCCGCACAAGGUGGACUGCAGCCCACAUAAGAUCAACUACAGCACCCUAAAGCCCAAAUACAACACUUACAAGCCACCAGGCCACAGUGCCAAGUGGACAGAAAGCAACAGCAUUGGAAAUUCUUUGCCUCGAAUCUUGCCCAGUGCUACCACAGGUACUCCUGAGGUCCUUGUUAUAAAAACUCACACCAAGGAAAAAGUACAAGAGACUCAGAUAUAGUCUGGCCCACAACAAAUCAGAACCUCAGUCAAAUGACCCUCUCUCCCCUCUAUAAGCCCUCACCUGAGCAUAAAAACAUGCAAUAGAAUGCACAAAAGAGAGAGAAAAAAAGAGACAGGAACUACUUUUUUUUUUUUUUUUUGUACAGCGUGCAAUUCUUAAAGACUGAUUCUUGUUGUACAUGCUUAUAAAUAAAUAUAUAUGGAAAAACUGAAACUACCAUCGGCUGGUAAUAGAGAAGCAGAUUAUAUAUAAAAAAAUAAAUAAAUUGAAACUAUUUUUUACCUUAUAACUCCUAUUUAAAAGAUGAGUUGUUUUAAAAUGCUGUACUGAAUUUAAGAAAUGAGGGUAGUCUUGUUUAAAAGGGCAUUCUGUGUGAUUUCUAAACAAUGCUACAGAGAAUGCAGUGAGGAAAAAAAAAAAAACCUUUAUACUGAGAAGUCUUUCUUUUAAAAAACAGAACAGAAAAAGGUCAGUGUUGAUCUUUGCAGGUUUAUCUUGUAAAAGCACCAUGAAUUUGUACUGUGCCAAAUGUUAAAAAAAUGCAAUAAAAGGAUUUUUGGAAGAAAAAAAAAAAA